AAUAAUUUUAAUUAAAAUAAAUUUAAAUUCGGGAAAAAAAAAAAAAAAAAAAAAACUCCCUCUUGCUGUUGCUGGGACUGGGAGUUGAGGAACACAGACACUUUUGGUUUGGGUGUGAGUGAAGAAUCGUGGAGAUUCAAAAGACUGCCGACAGCGGACACUUCGAGCGGAAAAGGCUUUUAUUCUUUCUGUGGCUGUGUUUGGUCUGCCAAGGUACCCACCAGGCUGGAAAAGUCAUGUUCUGGCAAAAUGAGAAGGUUAGAGGUACCCAUUUCUCUGGGUGUGGGGUUAGGGUUUACUGUUCUGCUGACUUGAGGCAUUGACUUGGAGGGUUUUAGGUGUGGACUGUGAAGGGAGGGAGAUGGGAGAUAAAUGUCCACAGGAGGGUUUUUGAAGGAGAGGCGUGAUUAGUGUUUCGGCAUGGGAAUUGGGUUGCUUAGUGCAGCAGUGGUGAUUCUGUGCACAUGAGAUUUGCCUUCUGCAAAUGUACUAAACUUCAUAUAAAUAUGUGGUUUUUAAAGGAUCCAGAGCCAGUUACUCGUGCAUUCCGUGUAGAUGAGAAUAAUUUAUGAGUUCCAUCUUGAGGAAGGAUAGGAAUGUAAAGUGGGACAAGCAGAAUCUAGUCUUGUUCAACUCCACGGUGGUAGAAACGCCUAAGAAAGUACAACCAGCAAACUGAGGAAUUCCAAGUAGGGGAGAAGUUUAGUGGGGGAGAAGGAGAUGCGGUGGUGGUGGUGGUGUUAAUGGUGAUUCUAGCUCUGAUUACGGACCUGGUUCUUUGGCCAAGAGCUCAGUACAGCUUCUUGUUGAUUCUCCAUUGAAAGUGGAGAUGAGAACAUCUAACUUCCCCUUUCAGGAUUUUAAUGGUUUUCCUGGAGAUUUUGGCAAGAAUAAAGAGUUGGUAAUGGACGAGCCUACUGUGAAUUCUUUAAUGGUUCAAACUCCUGGUGAAACAUUGAUCGGUCUAAAGCUCGGUAAGCGGACAUACUUUGAAAAUGUUUGUGCUAAUAGCAGUGCCAAGACCUCAACUCUUUCUGUGAUUCCUGUGUCAUCUGAUAAUAUAGCGAAGAGAUCCAGGUCAGGUUCUCAGACUGCAAAUGCCCCAUGCUGCCAAGUUGAAGGUUGUAACCUAGACCUCUCUUCAGCUAAAGAAUAUCAUCGCAGGCAUCGAGUUUGUGAGAGCCAUACCAAAUGCCCAACGGUCAUUGUGGGUGGCCGAGAACUCCGGUUUUGCCAGCAGUGUAGCAGGUUCCAUAGCUUGGCUGAGUUUGAUGGAAAGAAGCGCAGCUGUCGUCGGCGUCUGUUUGAUCACAAUGCACGACGCCGCAAGCGACAACCAGAAGCAAACCAAUUUAAUUCAGCAAAACUGUCAUCAUCGGUGUAUGAUGUGAGGCAACAAGUGGGUCUUCUCGUUAACAGGUUCCCACUUGUUCGGACAAGAACUGCUGCAAACCCAACAUGGGAUAGCACGCCUCGCUCCAAGUUCAUGGAAGCAAAAGGAAUUCUAUUAAAACCUGCAAAAGCAGCAGUGAUUGAUGAGCAGCUGUGCUUUAAUGGCAAUGAGCUCCGAAAUACUGUCACAAUGCUUAGCGGUGAUGCCGUUGUUCUCAAUCAAGAUUUGGAAGACUCCAUGAGCUCGCCGAACCUGGAUGCAGCACAGGAUGUACACCAUGCUUUCUCUCUUCUGUCAACAGAUUCUUGGAGUUCAUGUGAGCCACAACCUGCUUCACUUGCCCAUUACAGUGUAGUGCCUCAAGGCCUCCCAGUUACUUCAUCCGGACGCUGGCAGAGCCAAGAAGAAACAACUGAUUUCGGGGGUCCGUUGACUUAUAAUGGUAAUGGAUGCGGCGGCCAUUACCAAGAGUUUCAGUUGCUCAAAGCACCAAAUGAGUCCACUUUUAUUUCCAAUCAUCAGUUAACUACUAGAAAGCCCUCUGCACCUCUUCCCACCAUGACAAGGUUCAUGGGUAAAUGAAAUGGUAUAUAAUUGUUUGUUCUUCCUUUGAUUAGUUCUUUAUUUCAAUAUUGUUUUUAGUCGAUCCUGCAAACCAAACAUGAGAUCAUAGUUCAAGUGAUGUUCUUUUUGUGCGCAUUCCAAAGGUUCCUGGACCGCCAGAUGGUCAAAUCUGUUUAAGCUGUCAACUAGUGGAAUUUUUAUCUCAUCACUGCUGCUGAUUUGAUUUGAUAUAUUUAACCCUAGAUUUUCUGAUUAUUGAAUCCAA